AUGGUAUACCCCUGGGUUCCCCUUCGUGACUGGAAACCAUUCAGCAUUGAUGCUCUCGGCCUAGUGACUCUCCUGGGUUCAGAGGAAGUCAACGCGUCCAUCGGUCGAUUAGUUCCGAGUCGAUGGUUUGAGUACAUGCCUUUACUAGCGGGUUCUGUGAUUGCAGGCGAAAGAUUCAAAACCCAGAUCCCCUCAUUCCACCUCUACGACAUCAGUAAUGGCAUCUACACCACUGAUCUCUCUUUCUGGUUCACGAGAUGGACGCUCGCCCAAAAGUUUACAAAAACUCGAAGCGUUGUUCAUUGGGAUAUUGUCGAGAAAUCGCACGCAUGGUGGCUCUACCGUCUAAUAGCAUUCAUCAUCUCCUUCUGCUUUACUGGAUUGCUCCUGGUCAUGGCGAUCCUGUCAGAGGACUGGUACGGUCUUGUGAAUGCUGUUGCGAUGAUUGUCUCGAUAGUCGUUCGGACGUAUAUCAUUCAAGCCAAUCGUGACGCUAUUGACCUCGCUGUUGAGAAGACAAGAUUGCACUCUGAUCUCGACCCAUCUACCCUUAAGCAGAGACAUAAUGAAGGAAGUGCAACUAGACGUGCCGGACCAGCUGAGAAGAUGAAGUUGGAUGAUAUUCCCUGGAAACAGAAACAAGCCAAGAUCAUGAUAAUUAUGCCGGACUCCAAGGCGAUAACGAUGUUCGUACCUCAACGGCUGAUCCUUUCAGUCUUAGUUCGAGAUCCUGAGCCGGACACGACUUGGCUCUACCAGAUAUUCCGUUGGCUUGGCUGGAUCGCUUUUGCCGUUCACAUCGUUAUCCUUGGUAUGGUAAAACUGGCUAGUCAGAUAUACACCGUGGCAUUGCUUGUCAUUCCAACUGUACUCAUCUGCUGGAAGGCCGGUUGUGAUGAUUCGGGAUGGUUCUACAACUGGAAGGNNGGAGGCUCGGGAAGAGAAUCACCGCCAUCGUAUUCCUGUCGAAUUGGAUCACGCCUAGAGGCGAGAGUGUCCGAAUGGCCUGAAAAUGUCGAGUUUGUGGAAGAAAAUGGCAUCUUGCGUCGGAGAUCUCUCAAAGAGUCAAAGGGAGAAUUCGAACGAUCAAAUAGACGUCAAGAUCUUUACGCGUGGCUCAACCUGACAGAUGAGGAAGAAGACAGUAUGUCCAAGUGGGAUCUGUUACCCCAUGUUCGUAACCACGACGAUACAUGGUUUGUGGAGUACAACAAGAAGAAGACCUUGAUCCGAGACUCGCUGCCAGACAUGCGAGGCAUUCAAGCAGGUGAAAACGAAGAAGCAACUUCUCACAUUGAGAAUCCAUUGAAAUCUAGGAGUCUGAAAAGGAGAAAUACUGCAGCUGGCAUAAUUAAAAUGACGUGA